AUGGCUGAUAUACUUUCACUUGAACAACUAGUUCAUCUUUCUUUGGGUGAUCCUGAGGCAGGUGCUGUAAAUUUUAAUGUUUUAAAAACUCUUCUUUUACAAAUGCUUAAAGCAAUGAAUCUAUUCAACCAUAAACCAACAAUGUCUGAUCAUGAUGAACGCACAAUAAAAGAAGCUUUAUUAGCAUCAUCAUCGUUAUCGCCAAAGCCAACAAAAACUAAUGUGAAAUUUGAUCAAGAAGAAACAACAAGUCAACUCGAUGAAAAUGACGAUUCCAAUAAUGAAAUUAAACAAAAAUUACGGCGAAAAACUCGUGAUCGAAGUUCAGAUCGGCUUACUACAUUAGAAGAAAAAGUAAAUCGUUUCGAAUCCCAACUAAAUGCAUUUGAUCAAAUACCAUCGAAUUCCGAAUUAAUCGAUAAAGCUAAACAAAUAUCAAAAAGUAAAAGUGAUGAUACGAAUUCUUUGAAAACAACGAACCAUCGUGGUCCUAUACUUGAAAUAUGGCAAUAUACUCAAUUAGAAAAACGUCUUGAAUCAGCUGAAAAUGGCAUAACAAGACUUGCCUCCUUACUUCAAGAUCUUAUAUCGGAUAUGGAUGAUUUGAAAGAAUCACAUGAAACAAUAAAACAAGCAACAGAUGAACUCAAAAAACAACAAGAUGAUUUGAAAAAAAUUAUGGAUACCUUAAAUAAGGAAAAAAAUGAUUGGGCUAAAAAAUCUGACGUCGAAAAUUUAGAUGAAAAAAUUCGUAAUCUACAAAAUUUACUUGCAUCAUUGCGAGAUCGUCUUGAUGAAUUAUCAAAAGCAAAUGGAGAUAUUACACCUAUGCCUGAUUUAAGUGGUUUCGUUACGUGGGAUCGAUUAGAAGAUGCACUUAAAGGUAUUCGAGAAUCCAUAGAAAAGUCUUCAAAUGAUGUAGCAGCUGCCUUGGCGUCCGCACGAGACAAUCGACGACCCGUACAAGUUGUUGAACGUCAAAGUCAAACAUCAGCCAAACGAAAGGAUACACCUGUAGAAGAAAAACGAUCACCUUUACAAGAAAAUAGUGGUCAGCCAUCAGAAGGUCUUUCCGAUUUGUUACAACAGUUAGGAACCUUAAAUAGUCGACACGAACAAUUAAAAGCAUUAGUUGAAGCCCUUGAACGUAAAAAACUGAAUCGUGAUGAAUUCGAUGCAUUCAAAAAUCAACAUGAUGACUUAUUUGAUCGUCUUGCUGCACUGGAACGUGAUUUUAAUGAUGGAUUAUCAAAACGACAGAAUAAUUCUCCUGGUCCUGUACCUGUUCCUUCGCAGCGUACAGAUCAUUCCGGCGAUUUAUCAGAUUUUCGAACAGCUUUACACCGUCUACGCGAAGAUCUCGAUCGUCUCAAGCAACUCGUUCAAGAUUUAAUAAAUAAAGGAAAUUUAUCUGCUCAAGAUAUUGAAGCAUUGAAAAAGUUAAUCGAACAAUUAGAUCAAUCAAAAGCUGAUAAGAAUACUGUUAACAAUGAACUUGAUAAAAAAGCUGAUAAGCGAGAUCUUGAAAAUCGUGUUUUGAAAAAAGAUUUCAAUGCUGCUUGUAAUGAACUAUCACAAAAUCUCAAUGAUUAUAUGCAAAAAUUUAAUGUUCAUGAUGAUACACAAAAACAAGACUUAGAAAAAAUGAAUCAUGAUAUCGAUGGAAAACUAGAUCGAUCAGAACUUGAAGAAUUACGUGAUUAUAUAGAUAAGCAAUUGAAAAAAUUGAAGAGAUUGGCGAAAGAGCAGCAACAGACUCAACAGCAACAUGUACAUCUCAUGUCCGAAGAUGAGGCUGCCGGUUUACGAAAGCAGCUUAUUCGUUUUCAUUGCAUCAGUUGUGAUCGUCCUAUCGAUGUUCAACCACACGCUCAGCAACCGAGUCUUCCCGCAAAUCAGGGUAUGCGUCCCAUCCAGUCACCCCGACCAUACACAACCUACGAACUGGAUCAAAUUCGCCAAUACCAAAAGAGUCAGCAGUUUAGUACUGAUUUGAGCGGCGGUGUAGCGGAUGUCUAUGCUACUGUUCGGCAGUGUGGUGGUUCACACACAAUGACACUACCAUUUAAACGACAAAUAAAAAUACAACCUACGGUUCCGGAAGAAACAGUGAUAUCGAGAAGUGAAGUUGAUAUUAAAGGACAAGAUGGUAUUAUUUAUAAGGGUAGAAUUGAUGUGGGUAAUCUUCCAACUGUCGAUAUGCAGAAAAAGAAUUCGGUUGUUUUACUUGCACCUGUGCCGCCGCAAAAAUCACGAUCGGAUUUAAUUCCGAAAUCUGCUCCUCCUCAACGUCAUCAUGAAUCAUUUGUGCUGAAUCAUGAUCAAGAAGAAAACGGUAUAUCACCGAUUAUUCCUAAUCUUGAGCCAGCCUUACCCCGAGAUGAUAAUUUUAGUUGA